UGGAAAGGAAAAAAUUAUCCGAACAACGCCCUCCUAACGCUGCCACGUCACCGUAACGCCCUCCAGCUCUUCUCCCAUCCCAUGGCUGCUCUUCUCUGCCCCGCCGCCGCCUCCUGCCGCUUCGCUUCCUUCCGUCGCUGCGCCGCCUCUCCCGCUGCGCCGUUCCCCUCCAUGCGGCACCAAGGAGGCGCAUCGCCAGUCCCGCUCGUUUCCCCAGUAGCUCCUCUGCCGCCGCCGCGGGCCCUCGCCGCGGCAUCCUACGGCUACGGCGGCGACCUGCUCAGGCCCAUCGACACGCAGACGAUCAUCAUAGCCGCCGCCGUCAUAUCCGCGGUCUCCCUCUCCCUCGUACUCGGCCUCAAGGGGGACCCGGUGCCGUGCGACCGGUGCGCUGGAAAUGGCGGCACGAAGUGUGUAUUCUGCAACGAUGGGAAAAUGAAGGUGGAGAAUGGAGUCGCCGAGUGCCGUGUCUGCAGGGGAGCAGGGCUGAUACUCUGCAAGAAGUGUGCUGGUUCUGGAUACUCUAAGCGGUUGUAGCGGAGCGGAGCUCCAGUUAGCUGACAUUCUGUGCAGUUUUACAUCCGAAAAACUGGACUUUGUACAGAUGUAUAAAUAAACUCCUGUCUGUCAGAAAUAUGUUCAGGUAUAGAGGAGUUCGAAAUGGGGCUCAUUUGCGCUUCUCCCUGUGAUCAAACUGAUUACACGGGAUUUCGUGUUUGUGUAAAAGAUUGACUGAUUGACUGAGCGAGGCAGCUAGCGGCAUCAUAACCAUACAA